AUGGGUGGUGUCACGGUUUUGCUGGCUGGAGAUUUUAGACAGAUUCUACCAGUAGUGCCAAAAGGAACUAGAGCAGAAGAAGUUAAGGCGUGUCUUAAGCGAUCCACUUUAUGGCCUCUAAUUAAAAUCCUCAAGGUCUCGAAAAAUAUGCGGGUACACUUAGGAGAAAAAGAGUCUGCUGGUGGAUUUGCGAAUCUCCUACUUGAAAUGGGCAAUGGUGAUUACCCGAUAAAUUACUUAAUGAUAACCAUCCCUGAUAAUUUGUGCACAGUUGUAUUUACGUAA